AUGGAUUUAACGAAGAACUCCGUCGCCCUGAACGCUAUGGCUCUUGUUAGGGCGGCCUGUGACUCUGUCGAUCGACACCCUAAUGGCGUGGCCUCGGUUAUAAAACUCGCCGAGGGGGGCUUUAACCGUGUCUUGCAAGUCACCUUCAAUGACGGAUCUGCAGUUCUAGCAAGGAUACCAUACAAGACGACUGUUCCGAAGCAUCAUGCAGUGGCUAGUGAUUGGGGCGAUCCAUUAUCCGACACAUUAUCUAAGCCAGAGGUCAAAUUGCCAGACAAUUUUGAUCAACUCAGCUAUAAAGAACAGGAAACUAUUCAAGAGACGAUACGGAGACGGAUUAUACAUUUCUAUUAUACUGCGUUAACCAUAAAAUUUCUGCCGGGUCAUUUUGACGCUAUCAGAUCCGAAAACUGUAUGCUCCGAGCGAAACUUUUUCAUCGUGUCCUUAAUAAUUGGCCUAUUUCGCUGGAUGAAGGAGCCCAAACGAGAUAUGUUGAGUGUCCAAUUCACUUUUCUGAGGAAGAGAUACAGAAAUGUUCGGAGGAUUAUCGCCAAGAACAAGAGAAGCUACAAGAACUAGGCGAGAUGAGGGAUGUAAUCGGGACAGAUGCCCUAGGCUGGGUUUCAGAUAAGGAUGAGCUUGAACGGUGCAGGGCUGUCAUCUAG